AUGGUUAUUUUUAAUUUCUUUCUUUUAGAGUUUGUGUGUUUUAAUAACCAUUCCUUCGUUCGACACUUCUUUUUUAUCACAUCUAAUCAAUAUUGUCUUCUCUUCUACCUUUUUUGCUUGCUGUUCUUACUCCUUUAUAGCAUCUUUCUUUCCUUUUCUUUCAGCUUUUCGUUUUUCUUGUUUUUUUGUCACUUCUCUUCCCAUUAUAUUUCAGUGUGUUGGUUCCCGCCCACCAACACAUUCUCUUUGCUUAAAUCUUAUUUAUUUAUUUUUAAUCUCCUAUCAUUUAUCACUUACACUUUUUCUCGCCUCUCCUAUUUCCCCUACCUUUCUUUUUGCGUUUUCUCUUUCCUUCUGUUUUUUAUCCUCUUUUCCCCUUCAUUUAUUUAUUCAUUCCUUCUUCUUCUUCUUCUGCUUCUUCUUCUUCUUCUUCUUCUUUCUAUUGCAUUAAUUUAUUCCCUUUUUCUUUUUUUUUUCUACUUUUCUUUCACCUUACUUUAUAUUUUAUUCUUAUCUUUUAUUCCCCAUUUUGUUUAUUUCUAUGAAAUUCUUUAUUCCUUUUCUCUCGUAUUUAUUCAUUUUUCUUCUUUGAAUUUAAUUUCUUUCUUAUUGCUUCUUCUUUCUUUUCAAAUCAAAAUGAUAACUCACGCUUUCUUUUCCGUUUGCUUCUCUUAA